AGGAGCUCUGCUUUGUGGAGGUGCUGGGCCAGCCGCGGCUGGGUGGAAUUAAUUGGACACGGUGAACGUGGUGGGUUUGCUUUGUGUUUUGUGACUUUUAAAGCAGAAUUGAAAAUUACGGUUGUUUUCUCGGCGUGAGAAUCUGGAUGUCGACAUGGGACGCAAAUCAGGGAAGAAAUUUAUGCUUUUAUCAAGGCGCUGUGAUGGUUUGGUUGCACUGCCUGUCUUGCUCGAGAUCUCCUUUGGCAGAUGAAGUGCUGCCCGAGUGCCGGGUUUUAACUCUGCGGAAUUGAGUCAAACUUAAAAAUUGAAGGGGGAGGCUGUGAAAUUCCCGGUCUGCGUUUGAGACGGAGCCUAAAUGCUUGAGAACUGUGGUUUAAUCUUGAUUAAAACUGACACUUGAGGGUUUUUUCCCAGUCUCGGGAUGCUGCGUUUAUUGAAAGAGAAGACUUCUGUGGCAAACAAUUAGAAUCCUACUCGUUAUCUUGCGUAGUCAAAGCAAUAAACAGUUGCUCUUAACUAUGCUCUCAACCAGCCUUAACCUCAAAUUUGAAGAGACUGGUUUCAAGCUGUAAUUAAAAGCCUUUUGACGAGCAAAACUCGGGGAAAGGGAGAAAGACAGUCGGUCUCUAGGAUGAAGGGAAGCGUUUGUACCCAAUCCCAUGACCCUUUGAUCCAAACUGGCGCGUGGUUGUGUUCGGUGCUGCCUCCCGAUCGGCAUGAGCCCUGUGUCCGUCCCCGUACUUGUGCCUGGAGCAUCCCGCCGGUCCCGGAGGAGCUCCGGUGGGACGUCAGAGCAGGAGCAAACGAGGUCAGACAAGCAUCAGGAUCCUCUGUGAGUAUCCGGGGACAAUUGUUUCUCGCCCCGCUCCCUGGCCGUAUCGUCUUCCCUCCGCGCAUAGUUUCAAUUUCCCUGUCUCCCUGGUGUCAUCGCUGGCUCCUGUAGCAGGGUCCGGACGCCGCUUCCAGGGUGCAAACGGAGCAAAAGUCGUUCUGUGCCUUGAAUUGCAGUGGGGAUCCUUCCCCCACCGGAGACCCGGCUCUCUGAGGGACUUGUAAAUCUUUCUGCGAGAUCUCGGGCAGAGGCCCCCUGGGGCUGCAGGUGGAAGGAAACUGUAGGGCUCGGUGUCCUCUCUUAAUGUGACAAGGUGCGAGAAACUGGAAACUGGUGCGAGCUGCCCCGUGGCUGCAGGUGGGAGCCAAGGCCACAUCGGUGAGAUGAGCCACAGAUCCCCUGGCAAUACACAGCUUUCUGAUGCCGUUGCUUCGCCGACCCCUUAAAAAAUGCGUACAGCUGGACCGUCAGGAGCGGGAUCUCCCUGACGACAGCCUUACUGCCUCAAAUACUUUUCGCCGAUCUCUUCGAAGCCGUGCGGGGGCCCAGGCAGAAACACACGGCGCUGGCGCUUGCUGGGUGGUUUCUUUGCCUGUGAAGGGUUAGCACCUUCGGGACUGUUUUCCUCCUGUUUUCCACCCCUGCGGUUUGGUAAUGCCCAUCUGAAACGGCAGGAGAUCCUCUACCUGCUGCCCUGCUUUUUUUUUUUUUCGUAGCAGAGGAUGCUCCCAAGCAUCCCAGCACUGAAUUUUAACUCUCUCUUGCCCGCUGUUAAACUGCAGUUGUGCACCCUAUUUCCUUCCUGGUUCACGCACAUACUUAUUUCCCACCGGCAAACUGGAAACCAGUAAGUGGAUUUCUUUUUCUUUUUCUUUUUUUUUUUUCUUCCUCUUUUGUUUGCUUGAGUGCCUACCCAACGCAGAGCUGGGCAAGCGUCACAGGUAGGCUUGUAGCUACAGGUUGCUGCUCUCUAGUUACUCGGAGCCUCUUGCCCCAACAGGCAGAGUACAUGCGGUACCGGCUCAGCGUUCCCUCCCUUCAUCCCCGUGCUGCCCGGUCGUGCGCCGAGGAGGGAAGGAAAAGAGCUUCAUGGCAGGACAGCAUUGCCGGGGAUGAAGCGUGUGGCAUGCUUGCUCUCGGGAUUCGCUUUUGCACGUCGCGUGGAGUCGAGAACGCCUUUUGCAUCGAAGAUGGCGGGUGGCGUGGACGGCCCCAUAGGGAUCCCGUUCCCCGAUCACAGCAGCGACAUCCUCAGCAGUCUGAAUGAGCAGAGAAACAACGGGCUGUUGUGCGACGUGGUCAUCUUGGUGGAAGGCCAGGAGUUCCCCACCCACCGCUCCGUCCUGGCGGCAUGCAGCCAGUACUUCAAGAAGCUCUUCACCUCAGGGUUAGUGGUGGACCAGCAAAACGUGUAUGAGAUAGACUUUGUGAGUGCAGACGCCUUGUCGGCUCUGCUGGAGUUCGCUUACACCGCGACCCUUACUGUCAGCACUUCAAAUGUCAAUGACAUCCUCAACGCCGCCACACUGCUGGAGAUCCCGGCGGUAAGGGAUGUUUGCACGGAUCUCCUGGACAGGAAGAUUCUGGCCAAAAAUGACCAGAUGGAUACAGUAGAUCAAAUUGAUCAAAGGAACCAUCUCAGAGCAAAAGAGUACCUGGAGUUCUUCCAGAGCAACCCUGUCAAUGGCCACCAAGGCAGCUUUCCGUGGACCAACCCAGAGUUGAGAGACCUUCAGAGACUGAACUUCCGAGGCCAAGAGGAGGAGGAGGAGCCGGACUGCAAUGGCCUAGACUUCUACUCGCAAGCCCCCCUAAACGAAAGACCAAAGGCGAAUGACUGUGAUCCUGACAGCAACCCAGCCAUGUGGCUGGACAGAGAGGAGGAGGAGGCGGCGGCUCCUGGCUCCAUGUUUUCACCUUCUCAGAACGGACAUUACAGCAGCCGUGGCCUGCCCACACCGGGAGAAGAGGAGGGGACCCCAGGGGGGCCUCUGGACCAGCAGGAAGCCGGCGACUCCCCCAGCUUCAUUGCUGGUGGAGCGGAGACGGAGGAUGAUGCGAGGGAGGUGGAUGGCUUGGCCGCCAGCGCCCUGCUGCAGCAAAUGAUCAAUUCCGUGGGGAGACAGCAGCUCGGGGAGGACGACCGAAAGGAUGACGAUGGGGUCAUGGAUUAUUACUUGAAAUAUUUCGGCAGUUCGAACGAGGGCGAUGUCUAUCCGUCCUGGUCCCAGAAGGUGGAGAAGAAGAUCAGGGCAAAAGCAUUCCAAAAGUGCCCCAUCUGCGAGAAGGUGAUCCAGGGGGCUGGCAAGCUGCCGCGCCACAUCCGCACCCACACCGGGGAGAAGCCCUAUGAGUGCAACAUCUGCAAAGUCCGAUUCACCAGGCAGGACAAGCUGAAGGUUCACAUGCGGAAACACACGGGGGAGAAGCCGUACUUGUGCCAGCAAUGCGGCGCCGCUUUCGCUCACAACUACGACUUGAAGAACCACAUGCGCGUCCACACCGGCCUGCGGCCCUACCAGUGCGACAGCUGCUUCAAGACUUUCGUCCGCUCCGACCACUUGCACAGGCACCUUAAAAAAGAUGGAUGCAACGGUAUUCCAUCCAGGAGGGGCCGUAAACCCCGGGUGAGAGAUGCCGGGGGUUUGCCUACCACCCCUACGGGGAACCCCGAAGACGGAAGUUAUCAAGCCGGUGGGGAGAGUCAAGAAUCAGAGGACAUCAAGCCGGUGGGGAGAAUCAAGAAGGAGAGGGACGACGAGGAGCAGCAGCACUUUGAGGAUAAUUCAAAUAAUGAAGCAUCAGGAUUGAAUGUAGCAGGAGGGUCGUCUGAGGGUAACACGCAAGGACUCUCCUAAACCAAAAAAAAAAAACAAAACCAACAAAACAAACCACCAACAAAGUGUCACAAAAUCUAGUUAGUACUUUUCCUCCGAUUUUUCUCUUUAAAGAUGUUUCUCUCCCUUUUUUAAAAAAAAAAAACGGAAAAAAAUAUAUAUAUAUAUUAUGUUUCCAAUCUUCCCAUCGUAAGCAGGGCUCCCCCGAGGAUCCCUCGGUAGCCAAGGACCUUUUCUUGGAAAGGCAGAUGCUAGGAAGCGCGGGGCGGGGAUGGAAAGUGGCUCUGUCACAUGGAAAAGAGCUUCCAUGUAAAUCCAAAGCUUUAUUUUGUGUCCAAACACACGUUAAAAAAAAAAAACAAAACAAAACAAAACCUAUUUCAGAGAGAGAGAUCUAUUUAAGGAAAAAAAAAAAGACAAAAAAAAGCAAAAAUAGAAAAGUGGUAGGAGCGGAAGGGCUCUGUCAGGGCGGGCGGUACACGGUGCCUCGGAGGUCGGGUUUUGGGGUGCGGGGUGGGGGGGUCCUGCCACCAGCCCCAGCGUGAAGCCGAAUUGGCCAGAGGGAGGAGCCGCCGGCAGCGGCUCAGGGUAGGAAAUUGCCGAAAAUUGCCUAAAAAUUGCCUAAUUGUGUGAGUGGACAACAAGGAUUCUGCAGGGUUUGCUGCUGGCAGCGGGUGUCGGGCAGCCAGGGCUGGGGACACCCCUGCUUGGGGACACUCAGGACUGGUGACACCUGGAACUGGGGACACCCAGGAUUGGGGACACCCAGGACUGGGGACACCCCUGCUUGGGGACACCCAGUGCUGUGGUCACCCAGGACUGGGGACACCCAGGAUUGGGGACACCUGGAACUGGCGUCACCCCUGCUUGGGGACACCCCAGGGCUGGGGUCACUCCUGCUUGGGGUUACCAGGACUGAGGACCCCCAGGAUUGGGGACACUCAGGACUGGGGACAUCCAGGACUGGGGACAUCCCUGGUUGGGGACACCCAGUGCUGGGGUCACCCUGGCUGGGGACACCUGCUGCCUGAGCAGAAUUUGGGGCUGGGGGAGGGGGUUGCCAAACCUCCCCCCCCACCCACCCCCCACCCCCCCACCCCCCCCAGUACAUUUUGGGCACUGGGCCAGCGCAGCAGCGUUCCCGCCCGCCCCGAAAGCGCCUAAAAAUGGCAAAUUCCUUUUAAAAAAGGUUAUUUGAGGUCUCCCUUAAAGGGGCAGGAGGCCUUUGGGCUGGCGGGGGGAGGCGGGGGGGGGGGGGCCCGAGCUGUGGUGGUCCCUGACACCCCCCCCCCCCCGGCCCCCAUUCCCCAAAAAUAUAUAUAUAUAUAUAUAUAUCUAUCUCUGGAGAUGCUGUAUGGCUCUAAGGCGGGUAUAUAACCCUCGGGGUUAGCAGAGGAUGGUAAGAAAAGGCACCUUUCAGCUGGUCACCUGUUUUCUAAAUGCACAUUUUUAAAUGAAAAAAAAAAAAAAAAAAAAAAAAAAAAGAGAUUUUAAGCCCUUUUUAUUUUGAAAGCACUUUUUAGAUUCUUUUCCUUUUUUUUGUUGUUUUUUUUUUUAAUUUUUUUUUUUUUUUUUUUUCCUUUUAGCGUUUUCGUUUUUACUUUCGAAGCAAGAGCAGGUUUGGCCGAAUGUAUUUUGGAGAGGG